AUUCUUCCGUACAAUAGACAUGUGCUCGGAGUCGCGCACCCCCUCGCCUUUCUCCGUAAUAUUUGAAUCGUCGACGGAAUCCUCAUCUGUGUUCGUCUCGUUGUGAGGUGAUACGUGCCCGGAAAGACCGCCGACCAAGUGGCGCAAGCUUCGCCCAAGCUCCCAUCCUCAAAGCAUCGUCGUUUCGGAUCGCGCAGUCGAACCCGACGCGACCGAUGCUCUGUUGGUGUUCGGCAGCAAAGCAACGCUUCGGAUGCUCGGCGACAUGGGCUAAGCCUAAUGCUUCUCCGUGAACACGACCGGUGCUUUUCUCUGCCGUCGGAGUUCGGAGGGGGUCGGCCUGUUUGACGCUGCUCUCGGUGCACUCAUGGAUAGGUGCUCUGGUUUUAGGCGGACUGCCUGAUGGCGGAGCGGGAGGACCCCUUUGGGGACGGCGAGGCCCCCGGGGGGGACGCCUGGGGCCCUGAGGGGAGCCUGGAGGAGGCGUGCCGGGAGAAGGACCUGCUCAUUUCCUCCCUGGAGCGGGAGGUGGCCCAGCAGCGCCAGCUCAGGGCUCAGGACGCCCGCCAAGUGGAAGCCAAGGCCAUGCGCAUCAAGGACUGGGUCGCCCACAAGCUCGGGGAGCUCGAGCUGCAGAAUGCGCACCUGCAGGAGCAGAACCAGCGCUGCAACGAGCAGUUGGAACUGCUCAAGCGGCGCCUGGUCCAGCUGUCCCAGCUGAGCCAGGCCGGGCAGCCGAGGCAGGCACCGGAAGAGGACGAGGCACCCCCUGCCUACGCAGCCGUGGACUUUGCCUCUCGGCCCCCGCCCGCCCCCUCGGGCGCCUCGGAGGGCAGGGUGGCCGGGCCCAACCUCAACGACAGGGCCGCCCAGCAGGCGGCCCCCACGCCCUUCUGCCUGCAGCAGCCCCUGGCGCCCCCCGGUGUCCGGAUCGAGCGCAAACGUUACCGGGACGACCUCGCAUCUCUGGUGAGCUCCACGGCCUCCGACGACCUCUCCGAGAUGGACUGCGGACGCUCCUCUUCCUCCUCUCCCAGGUCCAAUGCCCGCACCGCUCCCACGCACGACUGCAAGCUGGGCCUGGAGCCAGACCCCAGCUUCACCAGCGGGGCGGGGACCCCCUUUGGGAGUCUUGACCGGAGGCUAGACCUAGACCCCACCUCGUCUCCACGUGUGGCCAGAGCGCGCAGGACGGCCAUGGUGUCGGCGGAGGAAGAGCACCACGACUACGCAGAGAUCUACACCCCGAGCCAAGAGCUGGCCGACUUUGGGGGGUGCCCCAGGCCCGGGGGGAGGCCCCCCACGCCACCCCUGCACCGCUUCCCUUCCUGGGAAUCUCGUAUUUACGAAGUGGCUGUCAACGGUAUCACGCAGUCACUCAACCCCCUGCCAUCAGUCGUGUCGAGCAUCAACGGAUUGUCGUCUGCGGCAGACAGCAGGAUGAACAGUGCCUUCUCCGAGCUCAGCGUUCCGGUGUAUGCGGCCGUCAAAGGCCGUGCGUCCCAGAUCCGGUCGGUGCCCUUCACGGGUGACUCGUCGGACUCUUCGGACAACGAGGACAACACGCGGGCUACGACCAGCGGGGCGGACACGGAGUCGAGCCUGUCGGCGGGCAGCCCCACGGGAGGGUGCCCCCCGCCGGCCGUGCCGGGCUCCAGGGGUCCCCUGCCCUCCCCCACCAAGUCAGUUCACAGGGAGACGUCGGUGGAGUCGGUGCUGUCGGACGACUACGCCAUUCCCCCGGACGCGGUGUCCACGGACACCCUCAGCCUGGACUCGGUGGACCCGUUUCCCCCGCCACGGCCGGUGCGGCUCUCGGAGAUCACCAGCCCCAGAAAGGAGUCCCUGGAGAAGAGCGGCUACCUCACCAAGCUCGGGGGAAAGCUGAAGACCUGGAAGAGGCGCUGGUUCGUGCUCAAGAACGGUGCUCUUCGCUACUACAAGUCUCAGGGUGACACGGCGAGGAAGCCUCGUGGCCAGAUCACGCUGGAUGACGUCUGUCGGGUGACUCGGUCGGAGGGUGCUGCCACGUUCGAGAUUGCGACCGGGAAGCGGUCCUUCUACCUGAGUGCGGAAUCGACGUCCACCAUGGAGGAGUGGGUGAAAGUGCUUCAGUGUGUCCUUCGUCGCAAUGCAACGCGUCUCCUGCUGAGCAAGGAGGACCACAAGCCUGCCAUCGACGGCUGGCUCACCAAGGUGAAGCACGGUCAUUCGAGGCGUUGCUGGUGCUCUCUGAUUGGCCGGACGUUCCUGUACUUCAAGACGCCCAAUGACAUGACACCCCUGGGCCAGAUCAGCAUGCGGGAGGUGCGGGUGGAGGAAGUGGUGCACGUGUCGGACUCGGACGAGGAGGGGUCCAGCCGGGAGGGCCCUGUGGGGCGCUCCGAGUACACCGUAGGCAUCUUCCCGCCCCACCAGAGCCCCACCUACCUGCUCAUGGCCAGCAAGCAGGAGCUGGACACGUGGCUGUACCACCUGACAGUGGUGUCGUCCGGGGACAGCGUGGUGGGGACUCAGUACGAGCAACUCAUGAGCAAGUUGAUGGAGGUGGACGGAGACGAAAACAGUGUGGUGUGGAGGCAUCCGCUGCUUCUGCACACGAAGGAGAGCAUUGCGCAGCCGCUCACCACCCUCCCGUCGGAAGCCUUGCAGACCGAAGCCGUCAAGCUCUUCAAGUCGAUCCAGCUGUUCAUCUCGGUGCCCCUGGACGCGUCCGGCAUCGACUACCACGUGGCGCUGGCGCAGAAUGCCCUGGCCCAGUGCCUGGGGCAGCCGGAGCUCCAGAACGAGCUCUUCUGCCAGCUGAUCAAGCAGACCUCGCGCCACUCCCACCACAAGCUGGGAGUCCAGCAGCUGCUGCUGUGCGCCACCCAGUCGCUGUUCCUGUGCGACACCGCCUCGAGUUCGUCGGGAGACAAGGGCUCCCCCACGUCCCAGCUCGCCCCAUCCCCGGAGAAGGGGGGCAGCCCCAAGGGCCCCGCAGAGGGCAAGCAGAACCCGCCCCCCUUCGUGUUGAUCCAAGGCUGGCAGUUGCUGGCCCUGGCCGUCAGCCUCUUCCCGCCCCGUAACCGCACCCUCUGGUACCUCAGGGCACACCUGCACAGGAACGCGGACACCAAGACGGAGCCGGGCAAGUACGCCGUGUUCUGCCAGCGCGCCCUGGAGCGAGCCCUGGGUGCAGGGGAGCGAGAGUGCAAGCCCUCUCGGAUGGAGGUGCUCAGCAUCCUGCUCAAGAACCCCUUCCACCACUCCAACCCGCACAGCAUCCCCGUACACUUCCUCAACUCCACCUACCUGGUGGUGGGGUUUGACGGCUCCACGACGGUGGAGGAGUUCAUCGGGACGCUGAACGCAGAGGCAGGCAUGCGAGACACGUCGCAGUCGGGCUUUGCUCUGUACAGCGACGACCCCAUCGACAAGGGCAUCGAGCACUGCCUCAACCUCUCCACCAAGAAGCCAGAGUCGUUGCUUUCUGACGAGGUGUUUCAGCAUGCCUCGGUCAAGCUAUGCGACGUCAUCUCUCGUUGGGAGCAAGCCCUACGGGAAAAGCACCUGGGGAAGUUUGAGAACACCAGGGUCAUCAAGCUCACCUACAAGAACAGGCUGUGCUUCCGGCAGCUCCUCAAGGCCGAGACAGACAAGGAGCGUCUCCUGACCGCCUACCACCUCAACGAGGACCUGGUGCAGGGCCGGUUCCCCCUCAGCCAGGAACUCUCCCUUGAACUGGCCGCCCUCAUGGCGCAGAUCGAGUUUGGGGACUACAACGGCGAGCGUGCCCGUGGCAGCGGCAGCACGCCCAAGCUGAACCCACCGCAGCAGCUGCAGCUGGUCGUGGAGCGCUUCUUCCCCAAGCAGUACCGGGAGCCCGGAAGGGACAAGUGCACCAUGGAGGCGAUCAGAGAGAGGUGGUCCGCACUGAAGGGAAAGCCGGUCUUCGACUGCGUCCGGAUCUACCUCAACUGUGUCCGCAAGUGGUCCUUCUGCGGAGCCAGGCUCUUCAGUGCCAGGAUCAAGGCCAAAGAGCAGCAGACCAUCUGGCUGGCCGUCACCGAGGACGGCAUCUCCCUCCUGGAUUGCUCUUGCAUGCAACCGUGGGCUCGUUACCCAUACUCCUCGGUGAUGACCUUUGGCGGCUGCAGGGACGACUUCAUGCUGGUCGUCUGCCCGGACGACUCGGAGUCUUUGACGGAGCGCCUGCUCUUCGUCAUGCCCAAGCCCAAGAUCCUGGAGCUGACGCUGCUCAUUGCGGACUACAUGAACGCCCUGGGCACGCCGAGCGGAGGGAGCGCAAGCAGCGGCGCUCCGCCGGGCUCGCCGCUGCCAAGCACGCUGGCACGACUGGAGCGCAUCCGCGCCCGCAUCCGUGCCGGAAACCAGACGUCGUCGAGCGCAAACGCGUCGCCCGCCCUGUCGACGUCGUCUCGGAGGCCCCUCCUGCCGACCCCCGACUCCUGACGGUCGCCAUCGACGACGCCCCGCGGAAGGCCGGACUCGUCGCUCAAUGCUGCGAGCAACCAGGCGUCGUCGUCGCCCCGAAGUGGAAGGGCCACCUGGAAGUGAACCUUGCAGACACGACGUUGCAGGAACGUUGCCGGUGAAUUGCAGGAAGCUUGUAGGAUCGUUGCUGUUGCGUCGUGGAACUGUCGCUGGAGCAUUCCGGGAAGGUUGCGGAACAUUUGUCGGAACAUUAGAGGAAGGUUGCUGGAAUGUUGUAGGAACAUUAUGAAUGUUGCUGGAACAUUGCAGGAACAAAGGGACAUUAGAGGAACGUAGCAGGAAUCUCGGAAACAUUGAAGGAACGUUGUAGAUAUGCUUCAGGAUCGAUGUUGCAGUAACAUUGUAGAAGCGUUACAAGAAUGAUGCUGCAUGAAUGUUGUAGGAACGUAGGAGGACAGCCCAAAGUAAAGAAAGGUGUCUAGAGGUGCAUUAUUGUGCCCUUGCUACUUGACGUCGGCAUUGUCAGCUGGCCAUGAAGAGAGUUCUAUUGGAGUCUUUGGGUAUGCACUCGCAAUCACAUUCGGCCGAAGUGUGCCCUAAGGUGCAGAACUCGCGGAUGGUUGCUGUGUUCUAUUGCUACACCUUUUCCUUUCCAUUCCCAUGAACAUUGCACUGGUGUGCGCUCGUGUAGUUGGGCUUAUUAGAAAGUAAAGUACACUUUCUAAUCAAACACGAAAAUGAAGAAAUGCUUGCGUUGCAUAUGUUCGUCUAUAGGUAUGACCUUCAUUAAUUUUUUUCACAUAGUUGCAUAAAAGCAUUGGAAUAUUUGAUUGGAAUGUAUGAUUAACUUUGCGAUGCCCAUGCAGAAAAAACGCCCUCCAGUUUUAUUCAACCAGUCCAGAACAGCAAUUUUGACAUCAAAUUGCUGAAUAAAUAUUAGAGUUAGAUGUGACAAGAUCCACCUUACAGCCUCGCACUUAACCCCAGGCAACUAACAUUUGCUUUGUAAAAUGAAACGAGAGCUUAGUGGACGACAACUCCAAACUGCUGAGGCCAUGAAAAUCGAAUACAAUCACAAGGCGGUUGCACAAACCUUGAAAAGUUAAUCGAACCCACCGAUAAGCGUUUAUGGUCUUGAGACGCCUGUCUUCAAACUAAUCGAGGUAUAGCUCUUUGUAUUUGCGUUUUAAUCAAAUGCAUAACUUAGUUUACUUUAUAUUCCCUCACACUACCGCGUGAUGCGCAUUAAGGACUCUAAUCUGCUUUUGCGGUACCCGUCUGCUUACGGUUGCACGAGACGCCACCAACUUGCUGCUCUCUAAACAUUCGUGCAGCAAGGCCGCCAAGGAAACUAAUCGGCAGCAUUGAUUGGGGAGCGACCAUAUGUGGGACAAAAGUAAGAGAACGUGGUAUUUUAUUGUUCUUUCUUUACUGAAAAUCAAAAGUGUAAAGCAAAACACCAUGCAUGCACACAUGAAAAGAAAAAACCAAUGCCGGUCUCUUUCUCAUAGGCACGUUACGAAACGUGAUAUGCGAGCCCGGAGGCUGCGGCACUCCUUGCAUACGUGGACUUUUCUGACGCAAGGCAUCCGAUUAGUUUUAACUAAAGUUCUGUGACAAGCACUUUGUGCUUAAUAGAAGUACCAUCAUCCUUUGAAGCUCCGACUGCGUGACGGCACAAGUUUCGUGAAGCGAACGGCUGCGCGCAGCAGCAGGAUGAAUCGAAAGAUGCCAUCUCGUUCUCGCGGAAUCUGCUUUCUCCUGAAAACUGGUCGUCAUCGCUCAUAAAGGGAAGUAUCGAAGGCCUAGCACUGCACAAAGGAGAACAGUCGUGCGCUCCGGCCAGGUGCGAUUGCGACGGCAUACCGGGACUGGCGCUUAGAAACGGCAGCCGGAAUAUUGUUUGAUGACAGUCUUUCACAUUCUGCAGCCUCUUACUGUCGUGAGAAGCGUUCAUUUUUUUUCUUUGUUGGUUUCGCAGGUCGAAGCUAGGAGGGGUGGCAGGAGGAAGGGGAGUUUUUCAAUGAACGGAUCUUGCUAAAUCCGAGGGCGUAACCGCUCGCCCCUUAAAGACUUAAACUGGUUUUAUAACAUCAUAGCAUUUCGCUAGUUUUUGGGAAGGAACACCGGAGGCGGAAAAAAAGAUUGAUGACUCCUCUGGGCUACUUACCACACAUGUUUGAUCUUUUGGCACUGUUAUGACACUGUUAUGGUCCUAUAGUCAGUCGCAGGUUAAGAGAAGGGCGCAUUCACCUGUGUGCUCACCCGCUCUCUAAUGUUCGCUCUGCUAAAGUGGAAAGAGUGGAGGCCU